AUGUCAUCUAACACGUCUCCUUCGAAAGAGAACAAGCCACCUUCUGACCAUAUCAAACAGCUCGAAAACGAGGCGCGCAUUCUUUACGAGAGUGGCAAUAUCUUGGGAUCAUUGAGGAAACUCCAGACUGCCUUUGAAAUCUCUCCCACUGAUCGACUAAAGCGCAGGAUAGACCGAGUUAAAAGUCUUCUGCCCCAUGAAGAACAGAAAUCCCAUGCCGCAACCGCUCUUGACCGUCUUAUCACCGAAACCAAUAACUUAUCCAUCCACGAAGAUCGAGGGGUUGAUAAAAUUAGGCUUGCGAAGAAUUCCUCCUCCUCUGGCAAGACCAGCUUAACUGGUAAAGAAAAUGCUUGUGAAGUUGUCAAUGAGCUGCUGACAGCAGCUCGGCUCCUCUUUGAGGCUGGAAAAACAAAAGAUUCCUUAGAGAAGGUCAAACAGGCUUACGCCGUGCUUCCAGACCCUAAGACUGCUCGCAAGAUUGAACGUCUUGAAGCUGUUCUUGCGAGCGAGGAAAAACAAGCGGCUGUGCGUUUGCACAUUGCUUUCAUAAAUAUAUCCAAUGAAGCCAGCUCAAGAAAAUCGUCGAAUAUUUCCACUGAAAAGUCGCCAACCCAGCGGAAAAGCACUUCAAGUUUGAAGGAUCCGGAGUACAGUCGUUCCUCAAACUCGUCUGAUCAUCCAUCUGCUUCAUCACCCACCGCAGAAUCGGGUAACUCGUCUGCAAGCAACAUGGUGGACGAGCUUCUAGCGGAGGCACGAUCUCUGUGCAAAGAAGGGAAGAUCCUCGAGUCUAUUCAGGCCUUGGAGGAGGCCUACAAGUUUGACUCGAAUCCCAAAAUUGCCCGCAAGAUUGUUCGCCUGAAGGCUAGCCUCGACAGUGGAGUUGGCGCCGCCCAAGUUGAUCCCGCGCAGAAGGCCUCAGAGCUGGAGAAGAAAGCCCGUGAACUCUUCCACCAAGGCGACUAUCCCUCGGCUCUGAAUCUCCUCCAACGCGCCAACGCUCUUUGUCACACUGACAAACUUGAGCGAAGGAUUGCACGUCUUAAGGACUUGAUUAGCGUUUCGUCUCAGCAGAGUGAAGAAGUAGCCGAGGAAGGCGACGACGAUGAUGUCGAUGACGAUAUCGCCCAAAUCACACGGAAGGCUGGAAACCUGUCGUUGCGAGUUGACUCGAAAAAGCCGCCUGUCAGCGGCGGCAGGAAUGUUGUCGAGUUGGCGGACGACUUCUACCUACCCAGAGCCCUUCAUGACGAACUCUACGAGUACCAACGCGAUGGUGUUCGGUGGCUAUGGAAUCUGCACAAGACUUCUCCUGGUGGCAUUCUCGCUGAUGACAUGGGUCUCGGGAAGACUCUACAGGUGAGUGGUGAAGGGAUUGCGCGUCCUCCAGGACCCCUUAUGGAUCUGUGGCUAUCGAUUUUAAGAGAUUGGAAGGGAACCAUCGCCUUUCUAACGGGUUUAUUCCUCUCGGAAGAGGCUUCCAAGAAGCCACGCACAGUGCUGAUCCUUACUCCAGUCUCCGUUAUCAAUACCUGGCAAUCUGAGUUUGCCAAGUGGUCGCCGUCACUGAAACUCGUGACCUACUACGAGAUGGCCAAGAACGCGCGCCAGAAAGCACUCAUUUCUGUGCAGCGCCGAGGCGGCAUUCUGCUCACAACCUACAACAUGCUCGUCAGUGGUCUUCAGGACAUUGGAACCGACCAGGCCGAGUGUGCUUGUGCCGACGCACCCUGGCGUUCCACGAAAACCGCUUCAGUCAAGGCCCAUGCAGAUUUCUACAUCCGCAACUACGCCUUCACGUAUGACUAUGUCAUUCUAGACGAGGCACAUCGCAUCAAGAACACCUCCACGAUGGCUGCUAAGGCAGUGCGUGCGCUGGCCUCGCGGCAUAGACUCCUCCUAACGGGGACUGCGGUACAGAACAAUCUUCGCGAGCUCUGGAGUCUGUUCGACUUCACGCAUGAGGGUCGGCUUCUGGGAACUCAGAAGACCUUCCUGAUGGAAUACGAGAAACCGAUUAUGCGGUCGCGGGAGCGCGAUGCCACAGGCGCUGAGAAACUCUACGGCAAUCUCAUGUCGAAUUCGUUGCUAAAAAUGAUCUCCCCGUUCAUUCUUCGUCGAACCAAGCAAGACACGCUAGCUCCACUUGCUGCCGCGGAUGCGAGCAAACGAAUGCCCCAGAAGAACGAGAUUGUUGUCUGGGUGUACUUGAGUCCUCUCCAGGAGCAGAUUUACCGGAGCUUCCUCAAGUUGGACCAUGUGAAGGAGCUGCUCUUCGGCGGAACCAAGCGAAGUCCUUUGGUUGAACUCAACAUUUUGAAGAAGCUCUGUGAUCAUCCGCGGCUGCUUUCCACGGACCAGUGCGUGAAUUUGGGACUGGAUGUGUCCAAGGCGCUGCCCGGGAGUGACAUUCGAGCGCCAUCGCGAACGAUACUCAUGCAAGAAUCGGGAAAGUUGGCCUUUGUCGUGAGGUUAUUGGAGCAUUUCCAAGAAGAGGCGCUUAAAAGCGGCUCACCGGCGCAUCGCACGUUGAUUUUUUCCCAGUCUCUUCGACUACUGGACAUGACCGAAGUGGCCAUCUUGGGAGCCAAUGAGGCGGCUGGACGGUCUGUAGCGUUGCCGAAGCACAAAGUCCUCCGAUUAGAUGGACGACUGAAGAAGUUGGAGGAGCGCCUCAAAGUCCUUAACGAGUUCGCUUCCGAUCACAGCUACACGGCAAUGCUCCUUACCACACAGGUGGGUGGUGUUGGCCUGACCAUCACGUCCGCGGAUCGCGUUGUUAUUUUGGACCCAUCCUGGAACCCUUCUGUGGACGCCCAGGCAGUGGAUCGUGUCUACAGAAUCGGCCAGCUCUCUAACGUCAUUGUCUACCGCCUCAUCACCUGCGCGACAGUCGAGGAGAAGAUAUACCGUCGGCAGGUCUACAAGGACUCCGUAAUCCGCCACACCAUCGGCCGUGCCGCUGUUGACUGCCCUGAAGACUCCAACGAUCCAUACCGCUAUUUCACGCGUCAGGAGUUAGUUGAGCUCUUCACGCUAGAUGAGAACUCGCGUUUCUCCGCCACUCAACGCCAACUCGCCGAGUUACACGGCGUGGAGGGCCGAAAAACCUACCCCGAACUGGAGGCCCACCUGGCUUUUGUGACGGCGAUGAGAGAUGUAGUCUUCGACAUCUCCGACCACGAUUUGUUGUUUAGUCGACAGGAGGACGCCGGAGACAGGCAGGCAUGCGACCCGACAACUCAGCAGGCGGAGAAGUAUUUUGCGGAGAACCGCUUGAAGGUCGGCGAGGCAAUCCUUAACCUCGAGGCUAAGGGCGAUCUGGCUGCCGCUGAGAGGCUGCGUCAAACGCAGUUCGCUCCCCGCAAACUCGUGUACAACCAGCCUGCGGGUGACAUCUUUGUCCCCUCCAAAGCGGACUCACUAAGACCCAUGUUCAACGCACCUGGCUGUGGAGCGAGGCGGUCGAACGAAGCAGCCACCUUCAAGGGGUCUCCCAAGCUUGGCUUCGUGCCCGCCUCCACACUACUAAAGGAUUCCUCUCUCAAAGAACGCUUGACGGCUCCGCCUGCUGUUCCCACCUCACCCAAGAGUCGAUAUUCUAUCGAAUCACCGUCUCCCGUUCUCGAUUCCCCUGAUCGCCCCUCAAGCUCUCCAUUGCACGUCACCGCCUCCCCACACAGUAGCCUGUCUAUCCCCCCAGUGGUGCGUGAACCAGGGGUGUCGCCCCAGUCUGUAGAAAACAGCUACGACAGCGAGAGCUUUGUGUCCUCUGAAAUUGCUGAUGCCAAUACAAGAUCCUCUCAGCGGCUUUCACAAAGUCCGCGAGAAGAGGAGAUCUCAAUACCGACGUCUGAGGAAUCGUCUAGGAGUUCAGAUGACUCACUUGUGAUAUUUACUCAAGGUGCGCUAAUUCAAGACCAACAACCUGCUAUCACGAGGUUAGACUCCCCACAGACCAAUCACACGCCGAAGAAGGCGCAGCCUACUGACAGUGGCCCGGGGGACAGUGUUGAGGCGUUUGCAAGACCUUCAGUAUUUCCGCCCCAUGUACGGACACCAAAGGCCACAAGUAGUCCCUUUCACACUGCGAGGUCGACAUCGAUUCGCGAUGUGGAGAUGGUGAGUUUGGACUUGACGCAGCCGGUGGAGGAUGAGGAAAUCGACAAUUCCGUGCAGAUGUUAUCACUGCGACAGAGCCUCGCCAAAUCGGGCAUAUUUUUAGACGGUGCUCCGACGUUUCAUGUCGUCCAUUCUUCUGAUGAAAGUCAAGUAUCUAACAAUCACGACGGUGGUGGCUUCAUUCGGGAUUCUUGUGGUGGUGGUGGUGAUGAUGAUCUUCAAUCAACGGCAUCUCAGGAAGUCUCUGUUCCGAUGCUGUCAGAUUCGAUCGAUGUCAUUGAGGCUAGCUUUCCAGAGAGCGACUAA